AUGCACUCUGCAGAGGAGUCCCAUGCCCGAUGGCUUCGCUUGAGGGCACCGUGCUCCAGCAGAUCUACCACCAAGCGAUCCACCGUGGUGCAGAAGCGGUCGGAGCUCUGGCUGACCAGAGGUGAAGUUGGAUGGCAGAAGCAAGUCUGGACCUACAAGGAGGUGUGGGAGACAGCCAUUUCCUGCGCAGGGAAUUUGAAAGCUGCCAGCGAGGGUGAAGGUCGUGUGGCCGUGUGCGUGGAUGAGGGGCCCUUAUUGCCCUUGGUGGAGCUGGGGGUGCUUCUGGCUGGCAUGUGCAUUGUCCCUAUCGAUCCAUGUGAGCCGGCUGGACGCUUCUGCAGCGUUGUGAUGGACAGUGAGCCCACAGUGAUCGUGGCAAAGGACUCAGCGACCCGAUCGCUCAUCCAACAACACCUGGCAGAGGUGGUGGACCUGAAGCUUCCCAAGGCCUGCCAUGUGGUGGUCGCACAGGAGCUCCUGCAGCUGGAGCCGAAAUGGACGUGGUCAGAGGUGCCUGGCGCUGCCAUCUCACACAUCUUCUUCACCUCGGGGUCGACCGGACGUCCGAAGGGCUGUGUGGUGUCUCAUGGAGCGCUGCGGAGCUAUUGCUUAGCAAAGACUGCCACGUACGGGGUCCACGAGACCUCAGUGAUUUUGGUGGCCUCGGCGCACACGUUUGAUCCCUCGUUAGGAGACUUUAUGUCUACCUGGGCGGCUGGGGGAGUCGUGGCGCUGGGUGCACGUCGUGACCUCUUCCAGCACUUGGGCCUCUUGCUGCAACAAUCCGAGGCGACACAUCUCCUUUGCACACCUUCCCUCUUUGCCACACUGGGCAAAGGCUUCUCGUGA